AUGGCCAGACAAUGGAUCUUAACCGGACAAGAAGGGUUCGAGACCUCGCUCGAAUACCAACAAGGUCUCACCAUCCCAUCACCCCAAGACCUCGGCCCAACAGACGUGCUUGUCAAGUUGCACGCCGCCAGCCUCAACUACCGAGAACUGGUAAUUGCCGGACCGAUUGGAAUAAACGGCCCCAUCACCCCGCCCCUAGUUCCAGGCUGCGACGGCGCUGGCACAGUGGAAGCCGUCGGCCACUCGGUCCACGAGUUUCAAAAAGGCGACCACGUGGUGACAUUUGCAGCAGCCCCAUUCGCCUCUUCGCAUGGCGACGACGCCUUCCCCGGGAUUGAGCAUGCAGUUAAUUGUCUGGGCCAGGGCUUUGACGGGACACUGCGCUCUUGGGCCGUGUUCCCUGAAACGGGUCUUGUGCGUGCACCCAAGUCUCUGGAGUGGGUGGCUGCUGCCACGCUGCCUUGUACGUGGAUCACGGCGUGGAAUGCGCUCUAUGGGCUCAAGGGGAGAGAAGUGGGACAGGGCUCCUGGGUGCUUGUUCAGGGGACUGGUGGGGUGAGUAUUGCCGCGUUGCAGAUGGCUGUUGCUGCAGGGGCGAGUGUUGUUGCGACGACGUCAAGUGAGGAGAAGGCGUCGCGGCUUCGAGCGCUGGGUGCAGCGCAUGUAGUCAACUACCGGACCAAUGCGGAGGGCUGGGGGAAGGAGGCGAGGGCCUUGACUCCGGAUGGAAGAGGGUUUGAUUUUGUCGUUGACGUUGCUGGCAAUGAGACGUUUCCGCACUCGUUGGCUGCUGUCAGAGUGGAUGGAAUUGUCAAUGUGGUAGGGCAUGUUGGGGAUAGUGCUGCUGAGGUGGUGCCUCUGUUUGAUGCCUUUAUGCACACCUGCAUCGUCCGUGCUAUCCUGGCUGGUACUAGGAACCAGGCCAAGGCGUUGACGCGCUGGAUUGAAGACAAGGGGGUUGUCCCGGCAGUGGACGAUGUGGUUUUUGAGCUUUCAGAGGCAAAGGACGCGUACAGACGGUUGAAGGAGAAGAAGCAUUUUGCGAAGGUUGUGAUUCGUAUUGACCAUUAG